GUGACGUAGAAUCCGUGCGACGCAAACGUAUAUCAUACAACAGCGGCCUGUGUUAUCACUUGAGCGCUGUAAUUUUUUCUUCGGUGGAGGAUUUUACUCUACAAUCCACAGACCAUCAUGAAACUAGUCAGGUUCUUGAUGAAGCUCAGCCAUGAGACGGUUACCAUUGAAUUGAAGAAUGGCACCCAGGUCCACGGCACCAUCACAGGAGUUGAUGUGAGCAUGAACACUCACCUGAAAGCAGUGAAGAUGACCCUGAAAAACAGGGAGCCCACUCAGCUGGAAUCACUGAGUAUCCGUGGCAACAAUAUUCGCUACUUCAUUCUUCCGGACAGCCUCCCACUGGACACCUUACUGGUCGACAUCGAGCCAAAGAUCAAGUCCAAGAAGAGGGAAGCUGUGGCUGGACGGGGACGAGGAAGAGGACGAGGGCGCGGAAGAGGAAGGGGACGAGGCCGGGGCGGUCCAAGGAGAUGAUCACCCGGUUGUGCAUUUGCUGGCAACCACGCCGCUGUUUGUACAGGAUUUUUUUUUCUUGCCUCAGAGGGAGCGUUUUGUGAAUUUCCAUGUGUUUUUGUCAGUUUUGUUUUUCUUUUUUUGUACAUUAAAAUCCUUGUUAAGAGGAUACACUUGACUCUGCAUUUUCUUCAUCUUUGGUAACAAGUUUAUUUUAACCUUGAAAAUUGUUUUCGUCACAGGGCUGAAUAAAGUAUUUGCAUAGAAAA